AUGACCACUCUCCCAGCUGCUCUCGUAGCUGAAGACCACACUUUUCCAACCGGCGAUAGUUCUUCAACCGGUAACAUUCGAGAGUCCCCAGUAUCCAGUUCUCUCACAAGACCGCACAACUAUUUGAUCACCAUGGACCCCUUCCGUCGUGCGCAAGGCGUCGAAGACGGACAUGGCAUUUGGCGCUCCAAUCCGACUCCUAUUCCCGACGACAUGAUUGAUCCCGCACUGCUAGGUCCUGCAGUAAACAACCAGAACGAAAGUAACCACAGGCAGGACAACGAGAUGAUUGAUCGCGAACUCGUUGCAGCCGCACGCAACAGUAGCCAGAACCAUGUCGCUGCUGAUCAGACAAGUCCCCAUCAACACCCACAACACCCGCUCCAGCAACUGUUUGAAGACAUCAAUCAGAUUCGGCGGCACAACAACGUUGAGCAGACCAGUGUCUAUCAACCCUUGCCGUUGGAGUUCCAUUAUAACAACCCUUUCAUCGACCUUCAGGUGAACCCACGGUUCAACCAUCAACCGACUCCUCAACUUUUCUCUUCUCCUGGAGACCCAAGUUUCCGUCCGCAUCCACAGUUGGAUGUGCGCCAAUUCCAUCCUCCCUUGAGCCAUUACGCCAAUUCUCAAGUCGAUCCUCGUUUCCAUACUCAAGCCUACUUUCGGCCCAGCGCUGAACCCAGGGCUCAAGGCUACUCUCCCCAUGGAGUUGGAAGUGACGUCCAUCAAGACCAGCCAUUCAACCAUUUUGUGCCUGCUUACUCCCCAGUGUCUCGUCCACCUCAUGAUGGUCGCGUCUUCUUUCAUGGACCGGCAGCGGAGAGGGCCUCACUUCCUGUUGACCCUACCCUCACGUCGCAAGGCGAUGCUCCAGCCUCCUCUGUUCCCGGAACACCUCAUAUCCAGCAGGACAACGCUGCUAGAGCCAGCGUCGAGUUGGCGCAGUCGCCUACCAGAAACAGCACGCAAAGCUUUAGUCGCGGAUUCGGUCGAGGACCGAUGGAGCUGGAUGAUAACAGUCCCUUCUCGUUCGAAGACGAAGUCGACAGCAGUCCGUUGAGCUCCCUAGCAGCAACCCCGGCGGUCGCCAGCGCGACCGUGGCUCAGCCUUCAGGACAAGAGAACACAACCAUGACCAUGGACUUGAGCAAUUGGGACUCGGGCCGAAAAGCUGAGGUGGGACUCCCCAGCUCAAGCCCUCCACGCAACAACGUCAUUGAGAACGAGAACAUAGACGCAACACCGAAGCACACUUGCGCAGAACAACGGGAGGAAUUACAAGAACGUGAGAGGCAGCGUCAACGUCCGCUAAAAUACAGGCACAACAUGGAUGUACUUCUUGCCAGCGUGUGGACUGAGCCUACAGCUCCGGUGGCCGACAUGGAGAUCGCGCAGACAAUGUUUGAAGGGCCCAGGGCUUCGAGAGCGGCAACCCUGGUCAACACGGAUUUCACUUCUCAUGAUCCGAGUCUUCAGAGGCCUGGAGUACAAGAGAAUUUCACACCGAGAUGUUUCAGUGGUAUUGGUGACGCGCGAUGCGAGGAAGUUAUGCAGCGCAUCCCCACGCUUGGCCCGGGCAUAUCGUUCCCACCUGGAGUGCCCUACUCGAACCGAAAUUCCAGUUAUGCCGAGCCUCCGGAAGAGGUUUCACAACCACUCGGUUUAGCACAGGCUAUGCCUCCGCUAGAGAAACUGGUUGCUGAGGGUGUCCAACCUUUAUCCGCAGAUUGGGGGACUCAGAUGAGCAACGUCUCCGGACCACAAGUCGGUGAAUCUUCACGGCACGGCCAGUAUCUGGAAUCUCAGGCACCGUGGCCUUCCACUUUUUCUGCGACGCCACAAGUUCAGCAAGUCUACCAUCCAUCCCUGCCAUCACACGAGUCAUAUACCGAAGCAGUGAUGCAACACAUGAGACCAGCUACUGCUGGCCCUUCCGGAUCUGUGAGUAAUGCGCCCACCAUUCCGCAACCAGCGACUUCAGGACAUAAACUCUCGGACCUAGUGCAAAGACCGCUGGAAGAGACAUCAGUGUACGAAGCCGUAGCAGCUGCAGAUGCGAUACUUAGCCGAGACCGUGAUCUAACUGAGAGUCAGCACCUGCGUAAACUGACCCCCAAGCCUCCCACGGAAGCCAAAAAUCCUCAGAUCCAAAGACAGGACCAGCAAGGCCAGGCCCCUUCCGAGGAGCACGAAUCAACCGAGAAAGACUCAACCAAGGCCGAACCCGAAAGCGCCCAAGUGCCCACCACGUUCAGCAACAUGGACCAAUUCCAACCCACCCGCGCUCCAACAACGACACUCCAACACCCUCUCCUUAUUUCGCCCUAUCCCCCUCGCAUCCCCAACACCUUCACCCCCGCCAUCCUCUCCCUCAUCACCAACCCUCCUCGCUGCCUCCAACUCGGCACUUCGGACUCCCUACAAUCCUACCUCUCUGCCCGCAACAUAGUCCCCUUCAACGACCUCUACCCCCGCACCUUCCCGAUUCCUCCAGAGCGCGAAGCCUUCAACCGGACCGUCAUCGUCGAAGCUCGCUACAUAUCCGUGAUCGGCCUGCUGUAUCCGCGAGCAGAGUUCAUAGUAAGCAGAAUAGCCGAGGGAGCGGAGGGCAACAUGCAAGGAGAGAGGAACCGCAACAAGAAGCUGGAGCCAAACGCGGCGAUGAUGAUGGACAGGUGGCAUAUGUACAAGGCAGUUAGGAUGACGGGGGAGGAGAUGCAGAAGAUGGGAGUUUGUGUGUGGAGCGAGAAGGGGUGCGAGGAGUGGAAAGCUGAUCCUGCUCUUGUUGAGGCAGAGAGAAGAAAGUCUAGAGGUAUGGAGCCGAUGGAACAGUCGAGGGAGGUGAAGAGGCCGAGGAGGAAGAGGACGUUUAAGACGAAGGUUAUGGUUGUGGAUGAUGACGGUGAUGAUGGUGAUAAGAAGGAGGAAGAGGAGGAUAGGGUUGAUGUUGCCAGUGGUAAGGCGUUGAAGGAGAACAGUAAACCGACCGUCGAAGUUGACCAAGACUGUCAAGACGUGGAUAUAAUCGGUACGGAGAAAGAGGGGCAAGGGUUCACCGAAGACCCGUCGUUUACCAGCGGAAAAGGCAAGGGCAAAGAAGUCCUGCAUGGGAGAGACGGCAAUGAGCAGGCAGUUGCGCCUUCCCCUUUCAAAGGCACCGAGUCUGCAUCCGCCUAUGCGGCUCGGGGCUCCACAAGCCACAGCCGACAGGCCGAUUUCGUUGCAGAGGAAGGUGCGGCCGCGAGCCAAAGAGUUGAAGACAAUUGGAAAGAACCAGCGCCACCAAACCCCGACAUCAUCGCCACAAGGAAAUUAAAAACCCAACAAAUGGACGAAUCCGGUGAAAGCAACAUCCCCGCCGUCGCCGCCGCAGUCAGUCCCUCCUCGUCUCGACCGAUCAAGACCCCCAAACGCCGACUUCUACUUUCCACCAACACCGCGACCACCACCACCACCAAGUCCCUACCUCUACCGACCCAUGCUUUCGAUUUUAAAUACCCGGACCCCCGUGCGCCUUACAUCCACGAUCCUUACGACCAUGAAUCCCGCACUCCCUACCUAAUCACCCUCCUCCAGCGCGAUUAUCCCUCAGGCGGCGUCGCCCGCAUCCAAUGUACCGUUUCCGCGCGCAAGGUCAUCGAGAACAUCCAGUCCACUUUCGGUGUUUUGCAGCCGUACGAAGUCUGGCGAAUGAAAGAUUACAAGGUAUUUGACAAGGACAAGGACAAGAACAGUGAUACCAACAGUGAUACCUACGAGGAUAUCUCUACAGGUGAGGACGACAGGGAGUUGAGAAAAGUGUUUUUUGAUGAGAUGGGGAGGAAGAUGAGGGAGAGGGAGAGGGAGGGACAGGAAGAAAGGAGGGGGGAGAAGGGGGAGGGAAUGCAAGAGAGUCGAGAUGGGAACGGAGAUGGAGAUGGGAAGGAGGAAAUAAAGGAUAUGUCCAUCUUGAAAGAAAGGGAGAAGUGGAAGGAGAACUACAAGGCGCUGAAAUGUAAGGGGAAGAGGGUCGUUGCUCGUGCCAAGGCAAAGAGGAAGGAAGAGGAGGAUGCAGACAUGGAUUUUGACGAUUGGUGGGACGAGCGGAGAGAGGAAGUUAAUGAGCUAGUGGAAAAGUGGUUUUCACGACGAGAGGGACUUGUUGAGGAGUUUGAGGUUGACAGGCAGGUGAUCGAAUUUGCGCUGUUUGAGUAUGGAGGAGGAGAUGGACUUGGGCUGAGUAAGCCUUAUAAUUGA